ACAUAUGACGUUCCUUUUUCUUUCUACCCGGAUUAUUUUGUAUUAAAGUAACAAUGGCUCUUAAUUUAACUGUGAAAGUUCAUCCUGUAGUUUUAUUUCAAAUAGUGGAUGCUUACGAACGUCGAAAGGCAGAGUCUUUGCGUGUAAUUGGUACAUUAUUAGGAACUUCAGAAAAGGGAGUCGUUGAAGUAACUAAUUGUUUCUGUGUACCACAUAAAGAAUCUGAAAGUCAAGUAGAAGCUGAUCUUUCAUAUGGUGUAGAUCUGUAUGAUUUGAAUCAUAGGGUCAAUGCUCAAGAAAAUAUUGUUGGUUGGUGGGCAACGGGCAAUGAGGUUACUACUCAUUCGUCUGUUAUUCAUGAAUAUUAUGUACGAGAAUGUAAUAAUCCAGUUCAUUUAACAGUUGACACUACUUUAACAAAUACUACAAGGAUGGCAAUUAAGGCUUAUGUAUGUGUUCCAUUAGGAGUACCAAAAGGGAAACAAGGUUCUAUGUUUACACCAGUAAAAGUGCAGAUUACAUGUUAUGAACCUGAAAUUGUUGGCUUGCAAUUGUGUUCAAAGACACAAUUGCAGUCUCAUGUACCAGUACCUGGUGUUAAAGCUGGUGGGGGAAUAGAGCCAAUGAUGGAUCUUGCACAAAUUGCAGAAGCUAGUUCUAAAUUAUCCUUGAUGCUAGAACAAGUUCUUAAUUAUGUAGAUGAUGUUCUUGCUGGAAAGCAACCACCAGAUAAUCAAGUUGGUCGAGCUCUUUUGGACAUGGUACAUUCAGUACCAAAGAUGAGUAGUGAUCAAUUUGAUGAAAUGUUCAACAGCAAUGUAAAAGAUCUUUUGAUGGUAGUUGCAUUGUCACAAUUGAUAAAAACACAAUUGCAACUUAAUGAAAAACUUACAUUGCUCACAACAUUAUAAUUUUUAAAACAUACAAAUAUCCUGUAUUAAUAAAAUUACAGUGAUAUAAAAUUAAAA